UCUGGUCCCCGGCUAAUAGGUGGCUGCGUGUUCCCGGCAAAUCAGCUACGUGCUCGAGACGCUCGCCCCUAGCCAUCGCUAUUCUGCGCAGGUGUCAAGUCAAAUCUGACGUGGAUAAAUGCGCAAGGGGACUGAGCAGGGAGGGGGUGGUUGAGUAUUUGACCCAUUCAAGUUACGAUUCGAGAAGCUUCGGGGGAUGUUCGCACAGCUUUUUAUUUCUCACGUGUGGAUAUUGUCGAUUCUGUGUGACGUCUAUAGAAUUAGCGUAUGGGCGGCCCAGUGUUAGCGAACAUCUGCUUGGUUGCCAUGUGUGUAGUCUCAGAACCCCCCUCCGAUUGUGUUAUUAACUCAGUGACUGCCGUUUUCCGCAAGCUCAACCAGACAAGACGACGGCUGAGCGCCAUCGGGUUACCAGGCUCAAAAUAGUCAUCAGGGUAUAUCGAAGGGGUUGCGCGAGAACAAUGCCGUGGCUUUCCUUUCCUCUUCCUCGGACUUACCUCCAAGACAGACGUGUAACGCAUGCAGCCCUCCUGUAGGUACUGCUCCACGCUGGGGGUAGACCAGGAAUCGGCCCAGCUUGCCGCCCGCCCACGUGCCCAUCGUAGGUGCGAAGCCGCAGCGGUGCGCCGGCUGGCAGAUUAUGUCCGGACUUGCUUCAGGUCAUCACCGCAUCAUGGUAGCCAGCAGUUAAGGGCCCUCGUGAUGAUGGUUUUAAGCAAGGGAUUCAUCGAAAGUUACUCUCGACGCACGCAGCAGAGUCGCCAGCAGCGUGGAAACACACGGUGGGUGGGCGAGCUGGCGGUGGUUUUGCGUUGGUGGUCUUUUUCAAAUGUUUUUGUUUUGGAGAAAGGGGAAAAGAGGGAAAAAGAGGCGAGGCAUGCAAGAAAUUAGCACCUACCUCCUAGGUACCCAGGUACCUGAGGUAGAUUGCAUGGCU